AUGUCAGAACAAGAUGUCAAGGCUGAAAUUGAGAAGUGCGUAAACAUGUCUGCUCCUGGUCCUCAUGUGUUUCUGCUGGUCAUCAGACUGGGUGUGAGAUUCACAGAUGAAGAGAAAAACACAGUGAAAUGGAUUCAGAAGAACUUUGGAGAAGAAGCUGCACAUUACACCAUCGUUCUGUUCACUCACGCUGAUGAACUAGUGGAUCUAUCAUUAAAUGAGUAUAUCAGAGAAAAUAUCGAGAUCCAAACACUUGUUAUUGACUGUGGUGGAAGAUUUCACUCAUUUAACAAUCAGGACAUGGAGAACUGCAAUCAGGUCACUGAACUGACGAGGAAGAUUGAGGAGAUGGUGAGGAUCAAUAGAGGAAAACACUACACUAAUGAAAUGUAUAAACAAGCCCAGAAAAAUAAUGAACAAGACGAACACUACAACACUAAUACAACACUAAGCAUAAUACUAGUAAAUGGAGGAGAAGGAGGAGAUAGAGGAGACGGAGGAGGAGGUGGAGGAGAUCUCAGGAUUGUUCUGCUGGGUAUAACUGGGUCAGGAAAGAGUUCAACAGGAAAUAUAAUCAUCGGCAGCUUUAAGUUUAAGCGAGGUAUUUCCUCUAUGUCUGUUACUAAACACUGUGAAAGACAUGAGACUACAGUGGAGGGUAGACACAUCUCAGUGAUCGACACUCCAGGAUUGUAUGGUACAACGAUGAGUGAAGAACAACUGAAGAAUGAAAUAGUGAAGUGUGUCUACAUGUCUGCUCCUGGUCCUCCUGUGUUUCUGCUGGUCAUCAGACUGGGUGUGAGAUUCACACAUGAGGAGAAAAACACAGUGAAAUGGAUUCAGAAGAACUUUGGAGAAGAAGCUGUACGUCACACCAUCAUUCUGUUCACUCACGCUGAUCAGCUGAAGGGAAAACCAUUAGAUCUGUAUAUCAGCGAAAGUAAUGCUCUUCAGGCUCUUGUUAAUGAGUGUGGUGGCAGAUAUCACUCCUUCAACAAUAAGAACAUGGAGAAGCGCUCUCAGGUCACUGAACUGCUGGAGAAGACUGACAGGAUGGUGGGGAUCAAUGGAGGACAGCACUACACCAUACCGAUGUUUAAACAAGCCCAGGAAAAGAUUGAAAGGGAAGCUUUUCAACAAAAAGUGACAGACUUUGGAAAAACAGCACUAACAGUCGCAGGAGGAGUAGCACUAGCAGCAGCAGGACCAGCAGUAGUGGCAUUAGGAAAAGCAGCAGCAAAAGCAUUUGUAGCACCAGGAGCAGUGAAAACACUGUUAACAGGAGCAACAGCAGCAGCAAGUUUGAACAUCUAUUAA